AUGCUUCAAUCCAACAAUUUCAUAUUAUCAUUGAAUUAUUACUUGAACAAUCAAUCCUGCCAUUUAUUUCAUUCAAAUAUAAACACAACUACAAUUGAUUUUGAUCCCAAUUCAUCUCUCAUAUUUACUAAUCAAUCAACAAUAGCAAUAGUACUCAGAACAACAUCCUUAUCAACAUCAACAUCAACAACAACAACAGCCGUGCCAGUUUGGAUAUCUUCUGGAAGUAUGAAUAACGCAAGGAAUGGUCACACAGCAUCGAUCCUAUUCGAUGGAUCUGUCUUAGUUGUUGGUGGCUCGAAUUCCAAUGGUUAUCUUAAUACUUCGGAGUUAUACAAUUCGUCGACAGGCAUUUGGACUUUGACGAGACAGUUCAAUGUUGGACGAGAAGAUCAUACAGCGUCGGUACUAUCCAAUGGACAAGUACUUAUUGUCGGCGGAUAUAAUCUGAGUGGUGCUAUGGUGAAUGUUAAUUUGUAUGAUCCAUUGGCGAAUAUUUGGACAACUGGUAAACGUUUGAACAUUGCACGAGAAGAUCAUCGAUCAGUUACAUUGGUUAAUGGAAAAGUCUUAGCUAUCGGUGGACGCAAUACUGCUGCGUUGAGUUCUUCUGAAUUAUAUGAUCCAUUAACAGACACUUGGACACUUACAGGCAGUUUGAAUAGCGCACGAGAAGAUCACACAGCAUCAGUUUUAAACAACGGAAAAGUUUUAAUUGCUGGUGGGAUGGAUGUGAAUGUUCUUAAGAGUGCAGAGAUAUACGAUCCAUCGACAAACAUAUGGACAUUGACAGGAAAUCUCAAGAUGGCACGAAGUCACUAUACCGCAACGAUCUUGUUUGACGGAAAAGUGUUAGUCGCUGGUGGAUUUGGAGCUAGUAGUGUUUUGAAUAGUGCCGAAUUAUAUGAUCCAUCAACAGGUGUGUGGACAUUAACAGGAAAUAUGGUCAAUGCGCGGUUCGGUCACUCAGCAUGUGUCUUAGCAAAUGGAAAUGUUCUAGUGGUUGGUGGAUAUGAUGGUACUGUUUAUUUAAAAGCUGCUGAAUUAUACAAUCGAUCAUCGGGUACUUGGACAAGCAUAGUAGAUAUGAACUUUGCUCGACUUUUUUUCACACAGUCUGUUUUACUGAACGGAAAAUUACUUGUUACUGGAGGUCAGAGUCAGAAAGGCAUUAUCUUAGAUAGUACUGAACUGUAUUGA